AUGGGAGCAAAGCAUUUGCUCUCCAGAUUUUUCCGGAAACGUUCCUGGAGCCUGAAAUACCAGCCAGUGGAAAGCGGGGAGACUGAAGAAGCGUUUACUUGCAUUCUGCAGCCUGAAGAUGAAUCCGAACUGAAGCUGGCUGAAGAAGAGAAAGAGAUCACAGCGUUGCCUCCCAAAGAAGCUUGCAAAUGCCAUACAGAAGAGUUAGCCAAAAUGUUGCAGGUUGAUUUCCAUAAAGGACUUUCUGAAUUCUCAGUGCUGCAGCGCAGGAUCAAACACGGCUGGAACGAAUUUGUAGCAGAUAAUCCAGAACCAAUCUGGAAAAAAUAUCUCGAUCAGUUUAAGAACCCACUGAUUCUUUUGCUGUUGGCUUCCGCUUUAGUAAGUGUGAUUACUAAAGAGUAUGAAGAUGCCGUGAGUAUUGCAGUGGCUGUCAUCAUUGUGGUAACAGUGGCCUUCAUUCAGGAACAUCGGUCUGAAAAAUCGCUGGAAGAACUCAAUAAGUUAGUGCCUCCAGAAUGUGACUGCCUGAGGGAAGGGAAACUGCAACACCUUCUCGCUCGAGAAUUGGUGCCCGGAGAUGUUGUGUGCCUUUCUAUGGGAGACAGGGUCCCUGCAGACAUCAGACUCACUGAGGUGACAGACCUCUUGGUGGACGAGUCCAGUUUUACAGGAGAAGCAGAGCCAUGUAGUAAGAAUGACAGCAUCUUAGCAGAGCCUGGAGACAUGAUGACUCUCAGCAACAUUGCUUUCAUGGGAACCCUUGUGCGAUAUGGCAAAGGGAAAGGUGUUGUCAUUGGCACAGGUGAAAACUCACAGUUUGGAGAAGUGUUUAAAAUGAUGCAAGAGGAAGAGACACCCAAGACUCCGCUGCAGAAAAGCAUGGAUAAAUUGGGGAAACAGCUUACUCUUGUUUCCUUUGGCAUCAUCGGUGUUCUCAUGUUGAUCGGUUGGCUGCAAGGGAAACAUCUCCUCGGCAUGUUUACCAUUGGAGUGAGUUUGGCAGUGGCUGCCAUCCCAGAGGGCCUUCCCAUCGUGGUCACGGUGACGUUGGUGCUGGGUGUCUUGAGAAUGGCCAAGAAACGAGUCAUCGUGAAGAAGCUGCCAAUAGUUGAAACCCUCGGUUGCUGCAAUGUUAUCUGCUCUGACAAGACUGGCACUCUGACAGCCAAUGAAAUGACAGUCACUCAACUUGUAACUUCAGAUGGGUUCAAAGCUGAGGUGAGCGGGGUUGGAUACAAUGGAGAAGGAAAGGUGUACCUCUUGCCCUCCAGACACAUCAUUAAAGAAUUCUCAAACAUCUCCGUGGGAAAGCUAGUGGAGGCUGGCUGUGUUGCCAACAAUGCCGUGAUAAGAAAGACCACUGUGAUGGGACAGCCAACCGAAGGGGCCCUGAUAGCCCUGGCAAUGAAGAUGGAACUGAGUGAUAUAAAAGACGUUUAUGUAAGGAAGAAGGAGAUUCCCUUUAGCUCCGAACAGAAAUGGAUGGCUGUCAAAUGCACUCUGAAAAAUCAGGGCCCAGAAGAGAUCUACUUCAUGAAGGGGGCCUUUGAAGAAGUGAUGCAACAUUGCACCACGUUUAACAGCGGAGGCAUCUCACUCCCAUUGACUCCGCAACAGAGAGCUAUUUAUGUUCAGGAGGAAAAGCACAUGGGAUCUCUUGGCUUGCGAGUGCUUGCAUUGGCUUCUGGACCAGAACUUGGCCGGCUAACAUUUUUAGGCCUUGUGGGAAUCAUUGACCCACCAAGACAAGGAGUGAAGGAAGCCGUUCAAGUCCUCAUUGAGUCCGGGGUGUCCGUAAAAAUGAUAACUGGGGAUGCCUUGGAAACAGCUUUGGCCGUUGGUAGGAAUAUUGGUCUUUGCAAUGGGAAAAUGAAAGCAAUGUCUGGGGAGGAACUGGAGAACAUCACCGACUCGGCACUGUCCUCAACAGUCCAAAACGUUUCCAUCUUCUUCCGAACAAGUCCCAAACACAAACUUAAAAUCAUAAAGGCUUUGCAGCAGGCGGGCGCCAUUGUGGGAAUGACUGGCGACGGGGUAAACGAUGCCGUUGCUCUGAAGUCCGCCGAUAUUGGGGUCGCGAUGGGGCAGGCAGGGACGGAUGUCAGCAAGGAAGCUGCCAACAUGAUCCUCGUGGACGACGACUUCUCAACCAUCAUGAAUGCCAUUGAGGAAGGGAAAGGCAUAUUUUACAACAUUAAAAAUUUUGUCCGGUUUCAGCUCAGCACGAGCAUCUCGGCUCUAAGUUUAAUCGCUCUCUCAACGAUAUUCAAUUUGCCAAAUCCACUCAAUGCCAUGCAGAUCCUAUGGAUCAAUAUUAUAAUGGAUGGUCCCCCAGCUCAAAGUUUGGGCGUCGAACCAGUAGACAAAGAUGCCAUCAGACAGCCUCCAAGGAGCAUCACAGAUACCAUUCUCAACAAGUCUUUGAUUCUGAAGAUCUUCCUUUCAGCCACCGUCAUCAUCAGUGGGACCAUGUUUGUCUUUUGGAAAGAGAUUCCUGAAACUGGUGUAACUCCACGGACGACAACCAUGACUUUCACUUGCUUUGUGUUCUUUGACCUCUUCAAUGCCUUGACGUGUCGCUCUCAGACAAAACUGAUACUAGAAAUUGGCCUCUUCCGAAACCGCAUGUUCUUGUACUCUGUUCUGGGGUCCAUUUUGGGUCAGAUGGCAGUAAUAUACAUUCCUCCGCUCCAGAGGAUCUUCCAGACGGAAAAUUUAGGAGCCCUGGAUUUGUUGCUCCUCACAGCUUUAGCAUCUUCGGUUUUUAUCCUAUCGGAGCUGGGCAAAGUUUGUGAGAGGCUUUGCUGUGGCCGCCCCAAGACAGACCAUUUUCCAUUGGAAGCUGUUUGAUGACAAGAAUUAAACAACCAAGAGAGACUUGUGGCAACUUUCAGACUAACAGAUUGUGGCAUGUGCUUUUGUGUGACUUACAAUCCCACUCCUCUGUGGUUCAAGGUUUCCAUCCAUGAAGGCAGGCAUGCUGUUUGAAUGAUGAUGAAGUUCCCAGGAGACUAUUUGAUCCUCUUUUUAUACAUCAGUGAAAGUCGGUCGGCAAGCAACUCUUAGAUCAAUGGAGUGAUCAUCAGCUGAUAAGAUUUCUUUUCCACAUCACCUGCUGGUCCCUUAAAGCUUUUCAGAGAUGCUGGAUUGCUUCCAGUUGUUUUCUUUCUCUUACAAAGCUGUGUUUCAUAGAGAAAUAUGGCCUAGAGGAACAUCACUGUGAAUCAAUGGCAUCAACAUCAUUUUGUCUAUUUAUUUAAUUUGCAAGAAUGCCUUU